UGCAGAAAACCGACUCCUGCUACAUCCUUUCCUCCGCGGAGAUAGAAAAAACGUUCACUUUCAAGGCCCCGCACGAGUCAAGGAUAUGCGAAAUCCUGCUUUUGAACUACCUGAGAGAGAUACAGAGGGAGCACGCGUACGUCCUGAUUCCGAUACUUGGGCGAAAUCCUGCAGGAAGUCCCCCCGCGUCCCAGGAGGAGCCCCAGACAAAGCCAGAGAGCGAAGAAGCAGGAGAAAGUCCUUCCGCAGAGGGAAAGUGCCUGGACCCAGAAAAAACGGAGUCAGAAGAGAGUCUCCCAGAAGGAGGGAAAGACUUAGCCCAAAGCUGCAACGAGAAGGAAGUUCACAAGUGCAGGAAUGCCCUGUGCCAAAGAUCAAGCAGUUUUGGGAGGUGCCUGCACAACUUCUCCCCGAGCUCGGAGAGAAGGCGAAUAGACCCGAUAUUUCUGUCGGAGAUCGUGUUUUACGUUGUAACAAACGGGGAUCAUCGCUCUCUCGAAAUUGGGAAAAAUGUAUUUUGCAAAAUCGACACGCUCGUCCUGCACAGAAACAGCGACAUGAAAGUCUCCAGCGGAAAAUACUACGGACAAAAACAUAAUGUUGUUUUUCCGAUUAUAGAUGUGCCUUUGUCCGUUAUAAAGUCGAGGGAGUCAAAUACGUACGCCAGAAGCAAGCACUGCAAAUUCACGGGGAAUGACAGCAGCUGGAUCCCGUACUUCCCGCUGAAUGACAUGCACAGAUUCAUACGCACGCUUAAGGGCACGAAUGUAGGACUCGUUUUGGGGGGAGGAGGAGCCAGGGGAAUUGCUCAUAUUGGAAUCAUUGAGGCACUGGAGGAGGCAGGGAUUCCCAUCGAUGCUGUCGGGGGAACGUCCAUGGGGGCUUUUGUUGGGGCUCUUUAUGCAGAAACGACAAGUAAUAAGUACGUUUUCAGCCGGGCAAAGCGUCUUUCUAAGCUUAUAAGCAGUGUCUGGCGCGUGAUUUUGGAUCUGACGUACCCGAUAUGCUCGAUGUUCACGGGGAAGGGCUUCAACUGGGGACUGCGGAUCAUUUUCAAGGGAAAAAGGAUCGAGGACUUGUGGCUUCCAUACUACUGCAUAACCACGGAUAUAUCGCAGUUCAGGGAAGUAAAGCACACGGACGGCGUCCUGUGGAGAUACGUUCGUGCUAGCAUGAGUCUUUCCGGGUAUCUUCCCCCGUUGUGCGAUAAAGGCUCGUUUUUGCUUGACGGGGGGUAUAUGAACAACGUCCCUGCAGAUGCAAUGCGCUCCAUGGGGAUCCGUAAGAUCAUUGCCGUUGAUGUGGGGAGUGAAGUCGAAAAUACGUUCUCUGCGUACGGGGACAGCCUAAAUGGCUUCUACAUUUUGUUCCAGAAGGUCUUUGGGACGAAGAAGUUUAUGUCGAUGACUGAGAUCCAGUACAGACUUGCAUAUUUGACGAGCAUGCACAAGGAGAGAUCCCUUAAGUCCGACCUCUCGAUAAAGUACAUUAGGCCGGAUCUGGCCGGGUACAAAACGAUGAACUUCCGGCAAUUUGACGAAAUAGUCGCGCACGGGUACCAGUACGGGAGAAAGGUCAUAGAAGAGUGGAAGAAGACCGGGGAGUAUUUAGAGCUGACAGCGCACACAAACCCUGCAGGAAGGAAAUAA